AAACUUACUAACGUAAAUGUAUCAUUACUGUCAGGGAAAGGUGGUUCCUAAGAUGAUCCUACUGUACGUUUUCAUAUUAAUGGUCUCUUUUUCAGAAGCCGUCAAGCGAGAAUGGGCCUCCGAAGUUACAGCAUUUUCGUCACAGUCAGGCUACUCAGCAAAACAGAUAUUGGGGAAACCAAAUGUUUAUCCUAAAUAUAGUACUAGUUCAUCAGCAUGGAGACAGGCGUACGGACAGUGGAAUGCAAAUCAGUACAUAGAGUUGAAAUUUCCGGAAAAGAUUUGGUUGACUCAUGUUCACAUAUACGAAGUUUACAAUGCUGGAGCUGUCACGAGAAUAUUGGCGAAAAACGAAGAAAAUCGAUGGAUUGAAAUAUUUAGGGCUCCAUAUGCACAUUUAAUCAAAAGGGCUAGGAUAUUUUCCCCCGAAAUAAAAAGAGUGGACUUUCCUGUGAACGAGCUGAGAAUAGAAGUUGAUUGUACUGUCUCCGGUUCAUAUGUAUAUAUUGACGCAGUUGAAAUCGUUGGAGGCGGUUGUCCUAGAGGGUUUAGAAAACUCUGGGAUUCUUGUUACCUGAUCAAGAAAGAUAGAGUGUCAGCAGACACAGCAUUUGCCAAUUGUUUAAAAGCUGGUGGGUAUUUGGCCAACUUUGAAACUCUCGAGGAGGCUUUGCGGAUGAAAAAAAUUCUAAAGAAAAUGCAUACAGCAACCAGCUUCUUUGUUGGGGGAAGAAAUAUAAACAGAAGAAAACCAGGAGGGGAUUGGAGGUGGAUCAAACACGGACAAAUGACCAAGAUGGCGUAUCAUGCCUUUGGUGCCGGAGAACCCGAUGGAUCAGACCGUUCUCCCGAGGACUGCAUGCUCUUUUAUUCAGGAGAACGCUUUGCGUUCCACAAUGUCCCUUGUGAUACUGGCAGAUAUCAUGGUGGCUAUAUUUGCGAAGCAUAAAUAUUAGUACAUGUACUGCUAAAUGGAUUAUGAUGCAAUAAAUUAAAAGCAUUUAA